GCAUAUAUGGCAGCAAUUGCAUGUACAACAUACACAAACAGAAAUAGUUCUGGAGAUCUAGCAAUGGCUUCACCAUUCACUGCACCUUCAAUGAUUAUGGAAGAGGAGAGGAGAUUCGAGGCAGAGGUGGCGGAGGUGCAAGCAUGGUGGAACUCCGAGAGGUUCAAGCUAACGCGCCGCCCGUACACGGCGAGGGACGUGGUGGCGCUACGCGGCCACCUGAGGCAGGGCUACGGGUCGAACGAGAUGGCGAAGAAGCUUUGGAGGACGCUGAAGAAUCACCAGGCCAAUGGCACGGCGUCGCGAACGUUCGGUGCUCUUGACCCUGUUCAGGUCACCAUGAUGGCUAAACAUUUGGACACCAUUUAUGUCUCCGGCUGGCAGUGCUCCUCCACCCACACCACCUCCAACGAGCCCGGCCCGGACCUCGCCGAUUAUCCGUACGACACCGUCCCUAAUAAGGUCCAACACCUCUUCUUUGCCCAGCAGUACCAUGAUAGAAAACAGAGGGAGGCCCGAAUGAACAUGAGCCGGGAAGAGAGGGCCAGAACUCCCUUCAUUGAUUACUUGAAGCCCAUCAUUGCCGACGGCGACACCGGCUUCGGCGGCACCACCGCCACCGUCAAGCUCUGCAAGCUUUUCGUGGAGCGCGGCGCGGCGGGAGUGCACAUUGAGGACCAGUCCUCCGUGACCAAGAAAUGCGGACACAUGGCCGGGAAAGUACUGGUGGCCGUGAGCGAGCAUAUCAACCGGCUCGUGGCCGCCAGGCUGCAGUUUGAUAUCAUGGAAACGGAAACCGUCCUGGUGGCGAGAACCGACGCCGUGGCGGCGACUUUAAUCCAAACCAAUGUCGACACCAGGGACCAUCAGUUCAUUCUGGGGGUAACAAACCCGGCACUAAAAGGCAAGGGCUUGGCAACCAUCUUGGCCGAGGCCAUGGCCGCCGGAAAAACAGGGCCGGAGCUUCAAGCCAUUGAGGAUAACUGGCUAGCAAUGGCUGAGCUGAAAACGUUCUCGGAAACCGUGGUUGACGCAAUCAACAGGCUCAACAUAGGAGAAUCCGAGAAACAGAGGAGAUUGAAGGAAUGGAUGAAUCAUUCAAGCUACGAGAAAUGCCUGUCAAAUUUCCAGGCCAGAGAAAUCGCUGAAAAUCUGGGCAUUAACAAUCUCUUCUGGGAUUGGGACCUGCCAAGAACCAGGGAAGGGUUCUACAGGUUUAAAGGCUCAGUCAUGGCUGCCAUCGUUAGAGGCUGGGCAUUCGCCCCACACUCCGAUCUAAUCUGGAUGGAAACCUCAAGCCCUGAUUUGGUCGAAUGCACAAAAUUCGCGCAGGGAAUGAAGUCCGUGCACCCUGAAAUGAUGCUGGCUUACAAUCUCUCGCCGUCGUUCAACUGGGAUGCGUCCGGAAUGAACGAUAAUCAGAUGAAGGAUUUCAUUCCCAGGAUUGCCAAACUGGGAUACUGCUGGCAGUUCAUCACUCUCGCUGGCUUCCAUGGCAACGCCCUCAUCAUCGAUACAUUCGCUAAGGAUUUCGCGACGAGGGGAAUGCUGGCAUAUGUGGAGAAGAUACAGAGAGAGGAGAGGAGCAAUGGAGUUGACACAUUGGCUCAUCAGAAAUGGUCCGGCGCUAACUACUAUGACAGAGUCCUCAGAACUGUCCAGGGAGGCAUCACCUCUACUGCUGCUAUGGGAAAAGGGGUGACUGAGGAACAGUUCCAGGAAACAUGGACAAGGCCAGGAACAACAAACAUGGGAGAUGGCGGUGUGGUGAUUGCCAAGGCAAGAAUGUAGUACGAACUCCAUUCUCAAUAAAGAAGAUGAAGUGGGAGCUUUGGAUCAUCUCAACUUCCAGUUUCAGCUUGUGAAACCUUUGUGUUUUUUAAUGUACUAUAAUAAUCUUUGUGGUAUUGGGUCAUUCUGGGCAUUUUUUUUGUCCCUCCUAAGUCAUAAACUGCCUGAUAAUUAUCAGUGCUACCUACUAGGCUACUAUAUGUAUUCAUAUCUC